AUGCGGAUACCUCCACCUUCACAAUCCGUACAACAACGGCACAAGCCACCAACUCUGGAGGGACUUCCCAGGGGUUUUGACACCCACUUCCAUCCAGACAGAAUGCGCAGCAGGCUCCACCUGGACGCUGCCACGCCCCUGGAUGAGGUCCUGGAUCAAGCAGGUCAACCACUAGAUGAAUCCUCCUUUGAUUUAGUCCGAGCAGUUCAAGUUUUUUGUGAUCCUCCAACUUGGCCCCAAGAUCCAACCUUUCAUCAAUGUUGGAAGAUCGCCGUUGGACUACAUCCAGAAAAUGUGAGCUCCCAUCGCUCUAAUCAACUAGACAAACUCCAGAGUCUGCUGUCCUCGCCGAACGUCAUCGCCCUUGGAGAAGUUGGCCUUGAUUUCACAGCAGGGAAUUGGGAACAGCAGGGCAAAGUUUUGGAAAAACUCUUCAAGGUGGCUGACACCAACAAACCAAUCAUCCUUCAUCUCCGUGGAACCGCCGAAGACCGGUAUCAAAGGGCCCCACUUGAGGAAUGCAUUAAGAUCGCACAUGCAGCAGGAAUUCAACCGAACCAGAAGUUUCAUCUGCACUGUUUUUCGGGAUCCUGCAAAGAGAUGGCCCUUUGGACUAAGAACUUCCCGGAGACGUGGUUUGGGUAUAUCGGAAUGGUUGCCAGCUUUGACGAACACCAGCUCUCAGCCGUGCGGUUCCUGAAUGCAAAACGGUUUGUGCUAGAAACAGAUGCCCCCCUACCUAUGGCCUCGCCCAGGUCACCGAGGGAUUAA